CACAGCCAGCUGAGGAAACACCGGCCGAGGCGCAUGCGCACUAGGGAUUCAGGAAGCAAGGGGGCCACUGCAGGUACGCAUGCGCGGCUGGCGACUGGCGAAGGGAGCAUUGCUCAAAGCGGCUGCUCAAUGAGACUUGGAAAUGAUGUGGAGCAGAUCUUGCUAAGAGAAGAAUUUGAAGAAUCCGAACGCUCUCCAGAAUUUCACGACGUUUUGUGAUCUGCAGUUACUACUAAUUCUUAAUGGAGAGUUAUUAUAAGAAAUAGGCCAGUUAAAAUUUUCUAAUUUUUAAAAACCUAAAUAUUUCAGUGCAUUCUAAAAACUAACAAAAUAUCAUUUAUAAGCAAAGCGAUUGAAGCUGAAUAUUGAUACAGAGCAUGGAUGAUGAAGAAGACGACUACAUGUCUGAUUCCUUUAUUAAUACUAACCAGGAUGUCAGGCCAGGAAUACCAUUGCCAAGGCGCAUGAAAGAAACCUUUAAGAAAGAAGAAAAACAAAAAGAAGCCAAUGAGAAAAGUAGGCAGAAAAGUAUAAAAGAACAGGAAAAAGAACAACGUGACACCGUUUUAAAUAUUGCAUUGGGCAAUGAAAACAAAGGUUUUGCCAUGCUUCAGAAGAUGGGCUACAAAACUGGGCAGCCCCUUGGCAAAAGUGGGAAAGGGAUUGUUGAGCCCAUUCCUCUCAACAUUACCACAGGUAGGAGCGGGCUUGGACAUGAAGAAGUAAAAAAACGGAAAGCUGCCGAAAACCUGGAAAACUAUAGAAGAAAAAUGCAUAUGAAAAAGCAAGCAGAACAGCAAACAGCUGACCUCUUCAAAAUGAGACUGAGGACAAAACAAGAGCAGCUGCAAGUCAAACGAGACCUUGAGAAAAGUCAGAAAGCCUGUCAACAAUUAGAUGUGCAAAAAGGCCUUGAACUCCCCAAAGAGAUUUGGUAUUGGAUAAUAUCAAACAAUGAAAAAGAAGAUGCAGAGGAAGAAGAGGAAGAGGAGGAGGAGGAGGAGGAAGAACACCAAGAAUCAGAAAAGUUGCAAAUUCUGACAGCAUAUUUAAGGAAAGAAUAUUUCUAUUGCAUCUGGUGUGGCACAGCAUAUGAAGAUCAAGAUGAUCUAUCUUCAAACUGCCCUGGAGACACUUUCGGAGAUCAUGAAUAGUGUUCUUAAGGAAAACAGGAUCAAAAAGUCUACUUAAGAUCUAUGCGGGGAUCUGAGUUCAAGAGGCAAUGGACUCAUUUAGAAGACCACAUAUUUUUAUAAACUGAAGUAUUUUGUGAAGUGUUUUAUGUUUAAAAUAGGAACUUGGUGAAUUUCUAAUCAUUUGGAAGUGCACCCCUAAAGUGAAAGUCAUAAACAAGAGUUGUGCAAAUCACUUGACUGUAACAUGUCCAAAUGGUAUUUUUUUUCCAAAAUAGAAUACAAACACAGUGAAGCAGCUGAAAGGCCCUUUCCAUUUUCUCCCAUUUUAAGCUAGGUACAAGCACUCUUUACCUGUUCAUACAUUAUGGAACGGGUGUGACAUCCCUAAUGAAAUAGGACUGUGUGGCUGAAGAAAUCCUAAGUGGUAGUUAAGAGUGUAUCUGUGAUAAAAUUCGGGAAUAAACACUACUCUUUCUUCUGAAUAAAUGAACUAAUGUAACACUUUA